UCAACAAGCACAGCUGGAAACAUGAUGUCUGCCGUACGUCCAAAAUUUGCUCUCGUCUUCUUGCUGUUUGCUCUGUUGGCCGUAGAAAUUCCUGCCCGUGUGCUGGAACAAGGCGAACAAUUCGUUCUCGAUCCGUCCGAAGUGUCGGCCGUUGUUGAGCCAAUGAUCCGCCAAGCUCGUCAACAAUCAACUGCGACAAUCACAAUCCUGAAAACCACCACCAUCUCAUCCGUCACGACGACAGUAAUUACGACAAAGAAAACGUGCGGAGUUUUGGCCUCCGUGGAUGGUGGAACGGUUAAUCCGGGAGCCAUUACCACAUUCACCACCGUUCCAGGAGCUGCUUGUAGCAGGCGGAAGCGUCAGUAUUGGGACGAGCCCGUCUUCAUUGCUCUCAAAGAAGAUGACAGUUCCCAUUUGCAGUAUUACCGCCUCAGUCCUAGCCAAGUUUUGAGUUUCGAACCGACGAUGCUGCCCCAAUUCCGCAAUACCCAUCACAAUCCUAGUAUUGCAUUGGUGAAAGAAUCGCCCUCUGCCAUUGCUCCUUCGUUCGGAAAAUCGAACGAAAACGUUCGUGUUGCCAGUCCAAUUUUCGGCGGAGGUAUCAACAGCCUCAUCUCAUCCAUCGUGUCUGGUAUUUUGAUAACGACGACAUCUACGACUUCGACCGUUACGGCGUACACAUCUACUUCGACUUCCACUUCGUUCACUGGAACUACGAGCUACUACGUGGUUGGUGCUUGUUAUCCAGCAGGAAUGACGACUUGCUAAUAUGGAAUGAAAUAUCUUUAUGGAAGCUGGUGCCAUUGACCGGGUCAUUUCAUGUUAUUGCAUAUUUCUUUUUUUCGUGGCGAUAUUUAAAGGCAUAGUAAAACUGUAGCCCUCAAUCUUCUUCCUCUUUUUAACAACCUGUUGUUAGUUUAUGCAAAUGAUACAAAUACAAAGGGUAUCAAAAAUCA